CAGUCAAUCUUGCAACCUCGCUGUACCAGCUUGAUCCCCAUCGGUUGGCCUUCCUUUGUUCUCCCUUGACCUUGCUCGCGAUCCAUCAGAAAAGCGGCAUGACUCCACAAUGAACACGUUGAUCGUACUAAUUUUAACGGUUGCUUCUGUGGCGAUAUUUGAGCACCCGCAUCGAACAGUCGUGCACGCCGUUCGGCCUAGAGUCCAAGCUGCGCGGGGUCCCAACAACGCUCAGAAUGCGGCGGCGGCACGCAGUUUGGCUCAGGAGAUCCAAUCGAAGCCCGGGGACAACAAAGGGGCGCUGAAGGUUCUUCGCGAGCAAUUGCUGCAGUCCACCCACCACAAGCAGGACGAAAUGGUCCAGAUGGUACGGGACAGCCAGAUGCACAACGCACUGCACGAAGCGAUCGACGAGAAGAUCGUCGACCAGAGCUUCAUCCGGACGCUGGCGUCGGUUGGAGAGCCGCCGUUGAUCAAGGACUACACCCGGGACAUGCUGCUGGUGAACAACAUUAAGGAGGACGUGAACUUUACCUUUGGGGAUAAUGUGUUUGCGUGGAAAACGCUGGAGCACAAGAACAAGGAUCAUCACGUGAUUGUGGGGUUUAGCCGCGAGAAGAUUGUCAUUCUGUACGAGCACUUUGGUGAGUACUCGCUGGAGCAGGAGAUCGCUAUGGUCACGGUACCGACGGCGUUUGAGGUUAUUACGGUUUGGGACAGUACGGACGAUACGGCGGUGAGUUGCUUGGUCGUGGCUACCGAACAGAUUCUGGUGUGGUACACCAUGCGAUCAAAGACCAACUUUGCGCUGACUGAGGAGUGGCGUUGGCCGGUGUACAAGACGACGACGCUGAUCAAGCACAUCCGCCAGAAGGACAACGACAUGCUGUUGAUGGUUGGAACUCACCCGAACGCCCAGCAAUCAGUCUCGGCGACGCUGUACGAGUUCAACUUCGAGCGGCAACAGUUUUGGCUUAUGCAGAUGCUCGAUCUGGACUUUCCCUGUCGUUCGAUCGGGGUUGUCAACGACGGUAAUGAAUACCUGGUUGCGAUCCCCCAGAAUGACACCGCUCGCAUCUAUUCGCUGAAAACGGGACAAAAAUACCGCGGAAAAUUUGAUCUGAUCGCUAACUUUACCUCGGAAGAAGUCAACGCGGUCGGGGCAUUCCAAAUUGGACGCUACCUGUACAUCGCGAUCGGCGGGAAGUCUCCCCAAAUUCUGCGCUACAUCAACGGUAACUUCACUUCGCAGAACAUCCCAGCGGAGGCCUUCGAAACGGUGGAAGCGUUCUUUGUGAUCCCAACCCGGACCUAUCGUGACGACAUGAUCUUGCUGGUUCAGCACAAAAUGACCUUUUCGACGCACGAGCUUCAACGGCUGGAGAUACUGGUGUGGAACGGGGAGUCCUUUGACAUUCGCAGCAAUAUUCCGUGCUACGUGGAGAAUGACAUCACUGGGAAUGAAGUUUCGUGCAUGUUGGAUCUGUAUCGGGCGUCGGGUAUUGUCGGGUCGACCAUGAUCCAACGCGGCAACCAGGUGUCGAUGAUCAUUCCCAGGUAUCAAGCUCACUCCAGUCUGUUCCACUUGAACGUUGGCAUGCUUUCCGGAUCGCAUCCAAUCACGCAGAAGAUCCAGGAGAUGCGCGAUACCAUAGAUGCCUUUACCAAAAUCAUUCAGAACCAGGACUCGGUGAUCAUGCAAGCCAUGGAACUAAUCGCCGAAGCGGGUCAACUCGACAAGAAGUUGGUAACGUUCGAGAACUGCUCGUUUGACACCAUCCAAUCCAACGUAGCCGUGCUGCACGCCAACUUCCGGUGGCCAGAGAGUGGGAUCAACAUCGGGAACGCUACCUGGAAGUACGAGGACACCGCGAUCGACGUCCCAGCGAUCGCUCAAGCGAUGGAAUAUGAAAGGUCUCAGCUGGUACAGCUGGAACACCAGCUCAAGUUCACCGUCCGGCGUAACAACGAUAGUUUCUCGUUGGACCUGGAACAACCACUGCGCGUGCACGGGAAGGUGGAGAUCGGAGGUUCGCUAGUCACGGAUGAUCUGUACGUGCGGCGAUUGGAAGAGGAACCCUUCACGAUUCGCACCCCGAGACAGACGGAGGAUUCGCUGAAGGAACUGCACGUCAAAGACCUCAAGGUGCGCUAUCUGAACUUUGAUAACCUGAACGGAGUUCCAGCUACCGAUCUGGUUUUCAACACUGGAGACAAGAUCGAGCUGACGAACAAACUGGUGAUAGAUGAAUCGUUGACUGCGAACAACAUCAUCCUUCCGAAAGGUGGAACCGUGAACGGAGUCGACCUCAGCGAGUCGACCGUCUACUUCAACUGCAAGAAUCGUCGCUGGACAGAGCUGCACUUUGAGCACCUUGAGGUAGCUGAAAACGUUGCCGUGCAGGACACGAUCAACGGGCUCAAGCUGGACGUGAAGCAGUUCCGGUCGGCAAUCCGCGAAGCGAGCGCUGAAAAGCCCGAUGUACUGGUCACGGACAAUCUCGUCCUGGACGGCAGCGUGUACUUCGAAACCAUCAACGGGAUUCCGUGGAUGGACUUUAUCCAGCGAAUCGUGCUGAAGAAUCGACCGAACCGGCUGCGCGAGCUGCGCAUCGACGGAAGUCUGAUUCUGGAGCACCCCAACACGACGGUGUACCACCUGAACGAGUUGGCGUUCCCAAGUGAUUACCUGUUGUCCAGCAGCCCUCGAGAGGCGAUAGUCACCGGGUACAAGCACUUUGUCAACACAACGCACAUAAACAUCCUGGACAUCGACCAAACCGUCAACGGCAUCGACCUGAAAGAGAUCGUGACCCUGCAGGACGACCAGCACAUUCCCGGCAACGUAACGUUCGCCGAACUGCACGUGUCCGAGCGGCUCGAGGUGAAGGGAGCGGUCCGCGGCAAGCACAUCGACGAGUUCCUGGACAAUCCGACCUUGCUUCAGACGACACUGGUGAAGGCGGCCUGUCAGUUCAAGCGGCUGCACGUUGACGGACCAGUGAUCGUGAAGGGCUCGCUGAACGGGGGUGCCGAGUUGGACGCGGUGCUGGCGGACGUGGUGUACGACACGGAGCACAACGUUGAGAUCGCGGCUACGAAGCGGAUUCAGUCGGCGGAGUUUUUGGGUAAGGUCACGCUGGAAUCGCGCAUGAUCAACGAGUUCCGGCUGGAGGAGUUUGUGACGCGGAGCACGGAGCAGGAGUUUGACGUGUCGGAGAUUGUUGGGGAUGUGUUUUUCCAAGAUCUGACCGUGGGUGGGUUGUUUGACGGGAUUAACGUGACCGAGCUGGACUUGAACUCGAUCAAGCUGUUCGGGGAUCAGUACACGGAGGCGUCGUUGGUGUUCAAGAACCCGCCGGACGCACCCUUCCCGGAUAUUGACGUCAGAGAGUUGAGGGUCGAGAAAACGUUGAAUUCUAAGGCGCGAUCGCAGUACUUGGACAUUGAGCAGGAAGAAAUUGUUCUAACCGGGGACAUCGUGGUCAAUCAUCUCGAUGUGAAGCACCUGGAGCUAGUCCGAUCUCCGCUGGACGGUCCGUCCAAAACGAUCGGUAACGUACACUUGCCGACGUUCGACGACUUGCGAUUCAGCUUGACACGCCCGCAGCAAAUCUUGGCCCCGUUCUUGAUCGACAAACUGUUCGUCAAUGGCCAACUUCUGACCACCAGCAUAAACGGGCACGACUUACGCAGCUUGAAAGCGGAUUUGGAAAAGUUGGACAACUUCAAGAACCACCUGCUGAUGGGCCACAUCCCGAUUGAGAAUUUGUACAUUGGAGGUGACCUGCAGGUGAACAUGCUCAACGACGUGAACUUUGACGGCCUGCUGCAGGAGGUCAUCUGGUUAGACCGAACGAACCGGAUUCCGGGCACGGUGCACUUCUUGGACCCGCUGAUCGUCAAGGAGAACCUAACGGUUCGUGGGCUGGUGAACGACGUGGUGUUCAACGAAUUUCUAUCCGAUUUGGUGCUGAAAACCGACGAAGUGGCGGAGUUCUACGCGCCCAAGGUGUUCGUCAACGGGCUGGUCGUCGAGGGUAACGUCACAACCGAGAGCAUCAACAACAUUCUCGUUAGCGACCUUGCUUUGAAGAACCAAACGGUCUACCUGCGCGGCGAUGUGGAGAUAGUCGGCGACGUGUACGUGAAUCAUCUGCUGGUGGACGAACGCUUGAACGGAGAACCGAUGCGCAACCUGCUCGAUCGCUAUAGGUACGACAGCGCGCGGGACGUGCACGUGGUCAAGGGUGAUCUGUACUUCCAGCAUGCCGCGAUCAAGUCGCUGAACGUGCAGGGAUCGCUGAAUCAAAUCCCCGACGUUGACGCCUUCCUGGCGUCGUUGAUUCGGAAAGAUCAGGACUACAACUUCACCCAGCCGAUGGAGUUCAAGAACGAGGUGAUUUUCGAGAAGGGGGUGACGAUCGGGACUUUGAACGGAGCUGACAUCUCGAAUGUCCAGAAUGAAAUUGUGAGGAUCAAUGACCCGAAUCCGGUCGAACUGUACGCCGAGGUGGUGUUUAAGGACGAGGUUCGUGUGGAAUAUCUGAAGGUUCAAGGGGAUCUUAUCGCACCGAACGUCAACGGUAUCAAUCCGGAUAGCUGGUUGAAGAAGGGAAUCAUGACCAAUCAGAACGCGGAGAUCUUCGCCAAGGUCGUUUUCGAACCAGGAACGUUCAUAGCGGAACACAUCAACGCGCAGUUCUUGAACGGGCUACCAACGGCCGAUAUAAUCACACUGACGACUCCGCAAACCAUUAAGGCGCCCGUGUUCCUGAACGAGAUCACGAUCACCCAACCUAUGGACGUGGCUGGAUUGAUCAACGGAGUCAACUUCAUGUACGAACGGCAGAACACGUUGAUGACCUACGGUAACCAGCACAUUCGCGUCCCGACGAUCUUCAACUCGGUACGGGUGCUCAACUCGCUCACCCUACCGCCGAUCAUAAACGGACGGCCGUUCGGGAAGCCUGUUCUGCUGGGUCCACAGAUGACCAUCGAGUCGCCCAUUUCGUUCCGCAAGCUGCGCGUCAAGUCGCUCGUCACCGAGGACAUGCUUUCCGGCGUUGACUUCGACUCCUGGUACCACAACAGUCUGUGGACGGCCGGACGGAAGCAUCAGCUGAUUGAGGGGCCGGUGAUUGCAAGAAACGUGAGGUUCGGGGCGGAUGUUGAGGGGAAUGGUAAGAUCAACGGGGUGGACAUCAAAGACGUGAUCCAACGGAUGAAGGCGGCCAAGCAGAACGUCGAGGAUCAGCUGCUGGACUACCGGGCCGAGCUGCGAUCGAUGUGCUCGACGGCGAAGAAGUUGGUGGGGUCGAGUCAGAAGCAGGUUUACUACUUCAAGUACUUUGUGCAGCGGCAGGUCAUCAACGGUGGAGAGGCGAUUGAGUCGUUCCAUUUCUUCGAUCACUUGGGUUAUCACUUCUUGGCGAUCAACGUUGGCUGCGAGAGUCAGUUCUACCAGUGGGAUCCGGUUGGACGGGUGUUUGUUCCGAUGUUCAAGUUUUACACCGGGGUGGUGGAGGAGUGGCAAACGGUGGUCAACGGGGAUCGCGGGGUUUAUCUGGUGACGCGAUCGUCGAGCGAGAUCACCAAGUGUAAAAUUUUGGGCGUUGGCGUGUGGCUGUUCAGCGCCGUUCAACUGAGGCUGGUUUGGAACGCUGCGGAACCGGAACUGGUGCAAGCGAUCGGAUCGGAUCCUUCCAAGCCGGACAGCUUCUACGUGCUGAAGGGGGGCAAGAUGUACGAGUACACCGUUGAUGGAAACGUGGUAGAGCAGUGGAACCUUCCAAUGAGCGAAACGGGUUACAAAUUUGUGCCGAACGAUGUUGGACUGGGACUUGCCGUUAGUGACGGAAAGAUGCUGGUUGUACUGACCAGUGUCAACCGAUCGUCAACUGCUAGACCUAAGCGAUCCCCAGAUGAACUGAUUCAAAUGGCCCUGUUUUCCUCGCAAUCCAUGUACGAUCGCAUCGCGUCGAAGAACCUCACCUCGGAACAAGUUGGCGCGGCGUUCCCCGCUCAAUGGGAGACGACCGAAGUGAUCGAGGCGGACGAUCUUCAGCCAAUACCCCAUCCGGAUAGGCUUAUCAACGACACUUUGGUGCACGUCAACGUUGGCGAUGACCCACCCGUUCGAUCGCUGCAAGACGAAGUCUCGCUCCCGGAGGCUACAAUCGCGCGGGAGAUCCCACUCGGUGGGAUCUUCACGGCCGAAAACCUCAACUUCCCGGAGUAUUCGCGCGGUGAAAUGAUCGCGUUCCGCGCCGGACCUCACGAUCGCAAGCGAAAUUUGGUAGCGGUGUCCACCGUGGUAGACUCGGUUAUCCACGGCAAUAACGACGUCAUCAAGAUCUUCGUGGACAUCCAGACGGGACUGCUGUACCAGGUGCUGCACUGCCACCGGCCGUCGCAGCUGACCUCGCUCGAGCUGCGUGACGAGACGAUCUUGGUUUUCCUGGAGGAUCGCCGCAACGUCCAGGUGUACAUCUACCGGGGCAUGCUGGGCUUCGUCAAGCUGACCAGCUUCCACCUGGCGGCGCCGGUCGUCCAGAUGAGGGCCGUUUCGUUGCCGCAGCCUUCGCUGCUCAAGUGUCGAUCGCACUACCUGGCGAUCGCUACCGCAGGUCACGAGCUGGUCUUCCUGAAGGCCAAAACGCAGGGCGACUGCGGACUCGAGGUGGACGUGGAUUGCACGUUGGAUUAGUGUUUCUUCUUUUUCUUUAUACUGUUGUUAGUGUACAAUGUGUUCAAAUUGUAUAAGUUUUGUUGGUAAUAUACAAGAAAAAUGUUGAAA